UGUGCAACUGAAGAAAAACACAUGGACAUUGCUGUGGCAAACCACAGCGACAUAUACCGCAGUCCCCACAGGACAAAGUGUAGCGUGCCAGCAGCUGUCUCCUCACCAUCAUCAGCAAAAACAGCAGAGAUGCUAUUAAGUUGCAUUAAGACCCACAGAUGCAAGUGGACCAGCAAACGCCAAAGGAAGAUAUCCUCAAACACAAGACUAGAGAGUUCGCCUGUGAGGGCCGGGCUGGAAGCAGCCCCUGGAACCGGCCUGCGGUGUGAAAGUGCUGCUGUGCCGCUGCAGUGAUCGGUGCGGUUGCGGUGUUAAAGGGACAAUGAUCGCACCGGCGGCGCAGCCUCGUCGAGCACGAACCACGCCCUAUCUGGUGAAAAAGGAUCCUGCUGUUGAAACCGCGGAGGAAGCAAAGGAACCAGCGGAGGCAGACAUCAAUGAACUCUGUAAAGACAUGUUCAGCAAAAUGGCCACUUACUUAACAGGUGAACUGACAGCCACCAGUGAAGACUACAAACUCUUGGAAAACAUGAAUAAGCUGACUAGCUUGAAGUACCUAGAAAUGAAAGAUAUUGCUAUAAACAUCAGUAGAAAUCUUAAGGAUUUGAAUCAAAAAUAUGCUGAUCUUCAGCCAUAUCUGGAACAAAUAAACCUAAUUGAGGAGCAGGUUGCAGCUCUGGAGCAGGCAGCGUAUAAAUUGGAUGCGUAUUCCAAAAAACUUGAAGCCAAGUACAAAAAACUGGAGAAACGAUGAAGUUAAACAGUCUUUAUGUUGGAGUUGGGCAACGAGUCAGACUGUUUUCAGGUUUUGCACAACAGCAGUUCUGUAUGUUGCCAAGGAUUUGGUUGCACCUAACAUCGAGACUGGGAACUUCUUCUAGCUAUUGAAUACAGUAGGCUGUAUUCAGGCUUAAGGCUGAAUAAUAUUUUCCUCUUCUCAGGAGGUUCUGUUGCUCAGUUGUUUUGCAGUGACAAGUAGAAGCCUGUCCCUAACCCAUGCUGAUAUUGGCUAUGUGUGUGUUAGUCCUGUUUUUCACGUGAAAUAUUCUGUCUAAGAAAAUUCCUCUGUAACCUAUAAAGACAUUUUCCCUCAAUAGCAGUAGGACCAAAACUUCACUUUUUCCUUCAUUGAGCUCUGUGUUGAGAAGAUACUUGGGCCUUUGGACUCAUGAGAGGGGUAUUGAAACCCCUUAAUUUUGGUAUCCCCCGUUAUCUGUUUGACAUAGGGAGACUAAUUACUAUAAAUUUACAAUAAAACAACUUGCUGCAUUUGUU